AUGGCUCCCCCUAAUGUUGACACUAUGUUUACACUCAAGGUCGACAACGUUCCCUUUCAAAUUGGAAGUGACGAAUUACGUGAUCUUUUCUCGAAAUAUGGAGAAAUUGGUGAUGUGUAUAUCCCACGUGCACGUGGCUCGAAUGAAUCACGUGGCUUUGCUUUUGUGCGUUUUAUGGAGAAACGUGACGCUGAAGAUGCUAUUGAAGGAAUGGAGGGGCAGGAUUUUCAAGGCCGUGAUCUGCGCGUUCAGUUUGCCAAGCAACGCCGACCUGAUAACCCACGGGAGUUUUAUUCACGUGGUGGUGGUGGUGGCAGUGAUCGCUAUGGCGGAGGAGGAAGCAGCGACCGAUAUGGAGAAGACCGCGGACGCAGCAGCCGCUACGAUGACCGUAGAGAUGACCGUCGCUACGAUGAUCGUCGUGACAAUCGUCAACGCCGUCGCUCGCGUUCGCGCUCCCCAGAUCGUCGUGAUCGUGAGCGCAGUAGUGCAGGACGCGACCGCAGCCGUAGCCGUUCUCAACGCCCGCGCAGUCGUUCGCCCCGCCGCAACAGCGCGUCACCACCUUCUCGUCGUGACUAA